AUUAGAUCAACCAUUUCAAUAAGAAGUGGUUACUAUUAUGCCUACUCACACAAGUGUAGGCAUUGAACAACCACUUCUCCUUCAUCCCCUCGGUGGAGUCGUUGAGAUUGAAGAUGACGAUGAAGCAGAAGACGAUGAUUCCCCGUUGACAUCUAACGAUAGUGAUGAUGAUAGUAGUGAUGCUUAUGAAUAAAUGUAAAUGCACAUUUUGGUUGAAUUUGAUUGCAAAUUUGUUAUGUUUGUUAGUUACUGUUAAUGUUAUGUUUCGCUAUAUAUUUGUUAAUUUAAUUGUAUGCAACAGGCAUCAUGUCUACCUCUCGAGGUUUCUUGGGAUUUGGGAGGCGAUCUGGCGUUAAUGCGCCAGAAGCUACAGCAGAUACAUCUGAUGGGUCUGGGACGCAUAUUUCUGGGACUCCCGAGACUCCCCAGGCUUCUAGUAGUUCACGGGCUAGAAGGCCUAGGGGCCCUACAGCUGCCGAUAUCAGAGAGAGAGAGGUUAAGGCACCUGAUGGGAGGACGGUAUUGCAGAGGCAUCCUACGACUGGUGUUUUGUUGGAGCCCACUGGCCUGUCCAAAGCUUGCACGCGCACAUUUAAGAUGUUUGAAAACCCAGGCGGGUACACAUGGAAGUUGACGCCCCCGGCGAUGAAGGAUAAAUAUUUUGAUGAAUUACAGAAAGAGUUUAUGUGGCAGCCCGAUGAUGCGCGUGACGUGAGGAAAAUGUGGGAGACAAAAGCCCGCAAAAGGUACUCCGACAUGAUGAGCGACUACAAGACAGAUCUCAAGCAGUGUAUCCGCCAAGGGAGAGAGAUGUCUAGGCCCGUCUGGAUGACUCCCGAUUUUUGGACUGGACUCCGGGAUUACUGGCAUCAGCCCGAGGUUGAGGCUGUUUCAAAUCGAGCACGUGUCAACCGGAUGUCCGAGCCCGAUGGGGAGGGUACAGGGAUCAGUAGGCACGUGGGCGGGUCCCAGUCGACUCGUAUCCUGCAGCAGUAUAUGGUAUGUAAUUAACAAAUAAUUAAGUAUAUAAAUUAAAUUAAUAUAUUGACUAAUAUAACUUAUUUAUCUUAUAUAAAUGCAUCUACAGAGCUUGGAUCCUGGUACUCCCCAGGAUGCACCGAACUAUGCCACCUUCCUCCGCCUCCACACGUACGCCGACGGAAGUUAUACGUCGGAGAGAGAUGCUAGAAUUGACGUAAGUGUUUAAGUUUAUUCAAAUAUUUAGUGAAUGUAUUUAUUUUCUAACAAUUAUGCAUUGUUAUGUAUGUAUUAGGCCGAGGUUCAUCGACUGGCCGCUGCCACAGGACGACAGGAGCGGCUAGACGAGGUGUAUUUGGAGGUGGUGCAAAUUGAUAGGUCACGGAUCUACGGCGUCGGGAGUGCCGGGCAGAGUCAGGCUAGUAGGGGUCUAUCCGCAGCACGGGCAGUUCUGCGGUGUCUCAGCAGCUUUAUGAGACACGGAUCUCCACGCUGGAGGAGCGAUUGGCGGCAGAGCAAGCACAACGCCAACAGAUGGAGGAGCGCAUGGCGGCAGAGCAAGCAGAACGCCAACAGAUGCUGGACCGCAUGGCUCAAUUGGAGGCGUUUAUGAGGAUGUAUAAUGCUCAGCCACCUACAGGGCCUGAUGCCGAUGAUGAUGAUGAUGAUGCUUAGAAUUAUUAAAACUAUAUAUUUAUGU